AUGGAUGUGAUGUCUACUAACAAUAGUAAUUGUGGAAAUGCUUCAAAUCCUUACCAUCAAUGCACACAAGCUUGUUUUCAAAAGACAAAGGGAAACAAAGCACAAUCUAAUAGAAAAACUAGUUCGAGUUAUGGGCGGAGUUUUACAGACGGUGAUUUGGGCAAAAAGGUAAUUAGUGGAGAAAGACGAACUUAUCCUGGUUGUCCUAAAGCAUCUAAUCCUUAUCAUACUUGUGAUGCCAAUUGCAACAAAUCAUCAUCCAAUUCAGGUGCUACUCCUCAUUCCAAGAUUGAUCAUAGGAAGAUAGGUUCAAAGCCAGAACCCCCUAUUCUUCACAGUCUUCCACCAACAAAAAAUGGGACAACCAGUAAUAAUCUUUCCAAUGCUUCAUCAACAAAACCACAUUACUCUGAGAACAAAAAGAUAGAGUCAAAAACGGAUGAGAUCAUUCCUUCUUCUGGACCAAUUUCACAUGUUAUGCCUAAAGAACAAGAUAAGGAUAGUGUUUCUGAGGACAAGGUUGUUCCAAUUACUACUUAUUCUGUUGAAACUAGUUCCAAAGAUUUUAGUUUCUCUGACACUCCCAUUCGUCUCAACAACAGCAAAGAAAUUGAUACUAAUAGUGAUGGAGAGACAGAUAGUGUGAUAUCUGAAUCGCGUAUUCAAAUUGGAAAAUACAAUGUCAAAGAAAGUUUUGGUUCCAUUCUACAAACAAUUCUCGAUAAGUAUGGUGAUAUAGGUGCAAGCUGUGAUUUAGAAUCAGUUGUAAUGCGUUCGUAUUACAUGGAAUGUGUAUGUUUUGUGGUACAAGAAUUACAAUCUUCUUCUGAUUCAUUGACCAAGUCCAAAGUGAAUGAGUUGUUGGAUAUUGUUAAGGAUAUUGAAUCUGCUCAUCUUCGCGUUGCAUGGUUGCGUAACACGCUAGAUGAAAUCGCUGAAAAUAUUGAACUCAUUAGAAAACAUCAGGAUAUGGAAAUCGAAAAGGCUAAUUAUGAUCUUGAAAUGGAAUCAUUGAGAGAAAAGCUGGAAUCGGAAUUGGUAACAUUGGCUCAGAAAGAACAAGAGAUUGCUGAUAUUCAUAUGAGAAUUCCUGAAAUUAGAGAUCGUUUGAAAAAUCUUGAGCAGCUCAUGUCUUCUGGAUUAGAAGAUGCGCAAACCAUGUUGCCUAUCAAGUCCAAGAUUGAUCAAUUAUUAUAG